UGACGUCACGGCCCGUUCUAGAGAAUGACAGCAUCAGCAGCAGUAGGGGGAGCGUCAGUGUGAGGAGCUCAACAUCACCCGCAGCUGAGAGCCGGAGACCGGGGCACCCCACAUCCAUCCUCCGGGGGUGACAGGAUAAAGCACCAUCUUCUCCCCCAUCACUGACCUCCCACCUGUUCCUGCACCAUGAGCUGCUCAGAUGACAGCACCAAAGAGAAGCUGCUAUGGAACGUCAAGAAAGAGGUGAAGCAGAUAAUGGAAGAGGCUGUAACCAGGAAAUUUGUACAUGAAGAUAGCAGUCACAUAAUUGCUCUAUGCGGUGUGGUAGAGGCGUGUCUUUUACAUCUCUUGAAAAGAAGAGCGGCCGGAUUCUUGAGGAGUGAUAAAGUUGCAGCUUUAUUCAUGAAAGUUGCCAAGACAUGUGUUACUGCUGCAGAUAUAUGCAAAAAAGUGCAGGACCUACAGCAGGUGGAAGGAAGGAAGAAUUUCUCGAAUGGACAGGAUUCCUUAAAAAGGCAAAACUCAACCACAAGCAGAACGGUUACGCUCACACCGCAGGCCCUUAAGCACAUAUGGGUCCGUACUGCACUAAUAGAGAAAGUGCUUGAUAAAAUCGUACAGUAUAUUGUAGAUAACAGCAGUAAAUAUUAUGAAAAAGAAGCUCUAAUGUCUGAUCCAGUUUGUGGUUCAAUCCUGGCUGUUCUCCUAGUGGGUCCAUGUGCAUUAGAAUACACAAAGCUAAAAACCGCUGACCAUUAUUGGACCGAUCCCUCAGCGGAUGAGCUUGUACAGAGGCACAGAAUCCAUGGUGCUCACACCCGCCAAGACUCCAGUCCUUGCAAGCGGCCAGCUCUUGGUAUUAAAAAGCGCCAUUCUAGUGGAAGUAUGUCAGAAGAUAAGUUUGCAGCAUCGGCUAGAGAAUAUGUCGAAUCACUUCACCAAAAUUCCAGAAUACAUCUUCUUUAUGGGAAAAAUAAUGUCCUGGUCCAACCAAAAGAAGAUAUGGAAGCUAUUCCUGGAUAUUUGUCCCUGCACCAGAGUGGUGAAAACUUAACAUUAAAGUGGACACCAAACCAGUUGUUAAAUGGAACACUAGGAGACUCAGAGCUUGAAAAGAGUGUAUUCUGGGACUAUGCCUUGAUAGUGCCAAUAAGUCAAAUAGUCUGUAUCCAUUGUCACCAGCAGCCAGAGAGUAAAGGGGUCCUUGUUCUGGUCAGCCAGGAUGGUAUUCAGAGACCUCCACUCCACUUUCCUCCUGGUGGUCAUCUUCUUGCUUUCCUCUCCUGUCUUGAAAAUGGUCUUCUACCGAGAGGACAGUUAGAGCCUCCACUAUGGUCCCAGAGGGGUAAGGGCAAAGUAUUUCCAAAACUAAGGAAAAGAAAUAGCUCGAACAAGUCAGUAGACUUUGAUGACAACGUAGUUGAAGAACUUUCCACAGAUUAUGUCUUUAGAAUCAUAUAUGCUGGACACCGGCUUGAUAAUACAGUCACUAUUAACUACCACCACUUAACUGCCAGUCGUUCCGUCUCUGUUGAUGAUGACGAGGAAGAAGAAGAUAAGCUUCACGCCAUGCUAUCCAUGAUCUCCUCUCGGAACCUCACAGCUCCUAAAAUGAUGAAAGACUCCGGAGACGUGAUGGAGAUGCAAGGAUUUGGUGCUAAUCUUUUGCCCUUGCAGCUUAAUGAGUAUUCCAGUCAGGGAUCAUUGUGUCUGUCCUGCUCCACAGGAAGUUCUCCGUAUGAUAUUUCCAGCUACUGUACCUGUGUCCAUGACAGGACACCGCUUAAGUUAUUGUGUGAAAACAUGAAAAGACAGAUUGUUUCCAGAGCUUUCUAUGGAUGGCUUGCUUACUGUCGUCAUUUGUCCACUGUGCGAACACAUCUCUCGGCCCUGGUCCAUCACUCAAUAAUACCACCUGACAAACCCUCUGAUGCUUCAGGUGGUCUAACCAAAGAAGUUUGGAGCAAGUAUGAGAAGGAUAUGAAGAAUUACAAAGAAAUGGAGCUGCUGAGGUUGGUGUAUUACGGAGGAGUGGAGCACGAUAUUCGCAAAGAAGUUUGGCCUUUUCUCCUUGGGCAUUACAAGUUUGGUAUGACUAAGAAAGAAAUGGAUCGAGUUGAUGAAGCAAUUGCCUCCAGGUACCAAAAGGUGAUGGCAGAAUGGAAAGCCUGCGAGGUGAUAGUCAAGCUGCGGGAGAAGGAAUCUCACUCGGCCAUUUAUGCUAAGCUGUCGUCUGGUAGUAGUAUUGACAGCCAUGUGCAACGUCUCAUUCACCGGGACUCUACCAUUAGUAAUGAUGUUUUUAUGUCUACAGAAGAACUAGAUGUGACAGACAGAGAUCUCAAAUGUCGGAACGAUAAAACAUCCUUGCUCACCCCUGCUACUCCAUCUGCUUUGGUGGCAGCUGAACCACAGCAGUCAGUGGAGUUUGACUCUCCAGAUUCUGGUCUUCCCUCUUCUCGUAAUUACUCUGUGACUUCUGGGAUCCUUUCCAGCAUCGAUGAUCAGCAAAGCAUAUGCUUUGAGGAAGACGAAUCAAGUACAGAGUCUGAUAGGACAGAAAUGACUUUGGGUUCAUCACGAAAAACCAAGGGUGUUCUCAAGAUGCAGGAUUCUAUAUGUGAAGAGCAGCUGUGCUCCCAGCUAGAGUAUUUAAAUAAUUCUGAGGAUAUCUCUUCCAUGUGCCCUACUUCAUAUACAAUAGAAUUGUUGGACACUAUUGCCUUAAACUUACAUCGAAUUGACAAGGAUGUCCAGAGAUGUGAUAGGAAUUACUGGUAUUUUACACCUGAUAAUUUAGAAAAACUUCGGAACAUCAUGUGCAGCUAUGUGUGGGAGCACCUGGAUGUAGGGUAUGUCCAAGGCAUGUGUGACCUCCUGGCUCCAUUAAUGGUGGUUUUAGAGAAUGAUGUAAUGGCAUAUAGCUGUUUUACCCAGCUCAUGAAGAGAAUGAGUCAAAACUUCCCAAAUGGAGGUGCCAUGGACACGCACUUUGCAAACAUGAGAUCUUUGAUCCAGAUUUUGGACUCUGAGCUCUUUGAACUCAUGCACCAGAAUGGAGACUACACUCAUUUCUAUUUCUGUUAUCGUUGGUUUCUUCUUGAUUUUAAAAGAGAAUUGUUGUAUGAAGAUGUAUUCGCUGUUUGGGAAGUUAUAUGGGCAGCCAGACAAAUUUCCUCAGAACAUUUCGUAUUGUUCAUCGCUUUAGCUCUUGUGCAAGUUUAUCGAGAGAUUGUAAGAGACAACAACAUGGAUUUUACAGAUAUCAUCAAGUUUUUUAAUGAAAUGGCCGAGCACCAUGAUGCGCAGCUCAUUCUGAGGAUAGCCCGGGAACUUGUUCACAAGGUUCAAACUCUGAUUGAAAACAAAUGAGGAAGUUCCAUGCUUUACUGAAGACCAUCUAAAGCAGGAUCAUCAUCUAGAGGUGCUCAAAGGGCCUUCAACUGUGUCCAGCAGCAGCAAAACUCAACUUCUCCUAACCUGUAUUUCAGUGUCGAAUCAGGAUGUUUUACAUUUUGCUGAAAAAAAAGGUACAAUAUCAUAUCAAAUAAAACAAGGGCCAGUGUCUGGUCAUAUAUCUUACAGAGCCCCAUUUCAGUGAAACGGGAAAGAAGUAUCAGAAGGCACCAGACUUUGUGCAUCCUUGAUUUCCAUACUGCUGUAAUAGCAGGAGUAUAUCCUUGUCUUCUGGGACUGAAAUCUUACUCUAUGUUGGCCAAGGAAUUUUUUUAAAUUUUCUCCUUUCAGUUGACUUCCUCGGAGGACAGAUGCCAUAUGAAGUCCUUUACAAACCAUGUUAAGUUAUAUAUGUUCGGUAUUUUGUUCAGCAUGCAGAUGUGUCUCUAUAACCCACUGUGAUUAACCAUUUAGAAAAACACCCAAGAAUGUGAUGGGCUGUGCAGUCUAUAACAAUUUCUCCACAUCCCGGUUGCCAGAUCAUCAAAAUCUGAUGUGUCAAUGGUAGAUUUGUUCUGUCUACAGCUCACAUGAUCCUUUAUCUUAAGGAAGGCCCAUUAUGAAGGCAACCACAUAAGAAAAAUACAAGAGUUUGAUGCCUUUGCUUAUUACAUGUCACUUGGUGACCAAGUGACUUGCUUUCACAAGUGCUUUUGAGUAUUUUCAUGAAAUGUAAACAAGUUGAGAACAUUUCUGUGUCAUAAAAGGAAACACAUUUACCAAUAUCUAUAUAAAGAGAGAGAUAAAGAAAGAAAGAUUGAUUUACAAAUUGUAAGUGUUCUCAGGUGGUUUACUACUUUCAUAUAAAGAUGCUAGGUGGCCAGGGACAUGUCCAUUUUCACAUAAAGCAGCUCUUAUUUAUGAUAACAAAUAGCAAAAUUAAAAUAUUUUAUUUUGAACUGGACUGCACCUUAUAAAUCAUUCUUGUUUUUGAAGGGCUUUUUUUUAGCCAAAAAGGGUGCAUGUACUUUAAUAAGAAGGUGGCCUUUGUGUACCUGUGGCUUCAUUGGAGUACCUUUUCUGUUUUGUUGAAGUCUUUUCUGUAUUAUGUUUAAAGAGCCUGCAGUAUUAGUUAUGAGUGGGGAACCAUGGUGCAUGAUGGAUGCAUGUACAUUCUCUGUAAGUGUAAGGACAAUUGGAAGAAACAUGGCAAAUCAAGUUUAGCAGUUUACUUUUUCAUGCAUAUAGAUCAUGAUUUUAAGUUAGGAGGGUUUCCUGCCAUUAUAUUUUAACUAUAUACCUGUACAAUAAACAUUCAUUUGACCGUUCUAUCCAAACCAAAGGGAGUGCAUGCUGUGCCAACAUCUUGGCAUUGCUUCUUUAUUUGUAUGAAUAGAUAUGAAUAGAAGGUGACUGUUAUAUGUGCUGUGUUUAUGAAAACUGCCUGCAGGAUGUUCUGUCUUCCACCUUUCCAUAUUCUGGAAGACAAUAGUGGGUAUGUAGUUAAACAUUAUUAUUGUCGAAAGAAUUGGGCCCAUUACUGAUUUUACAGAAGCUCUGUCUGUUCUUUUAUUUAACAAUAACUUUAAAUAAAAAAAGCUUUUUACUUAGGACACCACCUCUCCAUAUGCCCUAAUAGGACACUUUCAACCCCUGACAAAAUAGUGAAACUGUCACAUUUAGAGGAUGUCACUCAAUUUUGUUACUUAUUAGAAAAAUACUAAAAAUCAGAUAUGACACAUAAUCAUUUUUAUUUAUUUGCUGAACAUUUUGGCUUCAUGAAACAUUUAAAGGAAUUAAAGUAAAUUAUUUUACUCACUGCAUAUGUUUAUUUAUUUAUUACAUUUUUUUUUAACAAAUAAUGAAAAACAACAUAUUAUUUAUUUGUUGCACCUUCUCAGGUUUUUGUGGCACCCGAACUCUCAGCAUGGAUUUCACUAAUGUUAAACAAUAUUCUACAUCAAGCAGAUUCCAACUUUCUUGAAGAGCAGUGACAUCAGGAUGAAGUAUUGUUCUAGACCAAUCCUUUACAGUAAUUUCUGCCACAAAUAUUCAGUCAGAUUUAGUCUGUUUCCUGGCCAUAUAUAGAGUUGAUAUGCCUUACCUGAAAAAAAGCUUUAAAGGGGUACUCCCGUGCCCCAGUGUUAUGAACAUUUUGUUGAGAGCGCUUUGAGUGGGCGGCCAUGAUCGUGAUGUCACGGCCACUCCCCCUUUUUUUAGAAUAAUAAUGCACCUUGCCAAAAAGCAGAUUGUUAAAGGGGUACUCUGCUGCUAGACAUCUUAUCCCAUAGACAUGAAUGGAGGGGGCGUUGUGUGACAUCACGAGGGGCAUGGCUGUGAUGUCACGAUCACUGCCGCCGAAACCCAGCAUUUGUUUAGAACGCCUUUGGAUAGGGGAUAAGAUGUCUAGCAGCAGAGUACCCCUUUAACACUCUUCUCUGUGGCAAGGUGCAUUAUUAUUCUAAAAUAAGUUCCUUGUCACCAAACCUAUUCACUAUCGAUAGAGUAGGAGAAGUGCCCCAAAUGUCCCAGCAUCACUUUCUUGACUAAUUCAGAUUAGUGAUUUAUCACUGAAUAUUAUUUUCUUAAAAUACUCCACACUCUGAGAUUCUUUUCUUUAGCCCAUUGUUACCUUGUUUUCACUUGUUUAGAUGUUAAGCGCUGAUUUUCUUAUGGUUUUUCUAUACAUAUUUUAUUCAAAUUAUGUUUAUUAGAGAUCUAAUGAUUUCUAUUACCAUUGUUUUUUUAUUUCUUCUGUUGUGCAUUUUCUAUUUCCAAAGCAUAUUGCUUUAUGUUUUCCAUCGCGUUGAUGUCUUCCUUUGUCUACAAUUAUGUUUCCUUUUUAUAGCUUUUCUAUUUUACAGUCAUGGCCGUAAAUGUUGGCACUCCUGAAAUAUUUCUCACAGAAAAGGAUUGCAGUAACACAUGUUUUGCU